UUCUCCCUUUUGUUUGCCUUGUGGUUUCCAUUUUGGCGAGAAUGAGCAGGAAGCCCGGGGAUUGGGACUGCCCCUUCUGCGACCAUCUCAAUUUCAGCCGCCGCGAUUCCUGCCAGCGCUGCGGCGAGCCACGCCCCAUGUCCGAGCGCCCCCGCGAUGUGGAGUUCAUCGGCAACAGCAGCGGCGGCGGCGGCGGCGGCGGCGGCAUGCGGGGUGGAUCUUACGGCUUUGGCGGCGGCGGGGGCGGCGGCCGCUCCUCCAUGGCCGGAUUCCCGGCCGAGGAUGUGAGGCCCGGGGAUUGGUACUGCGUCGAGUGCAAUGCGCACAAUUUCGCGAGCAGGACGGGGUGCUACAAGUGUGGCGCGUUCCGCGACCACGACGGCGAAGUGGGCAUCGAUCGCAGGUUCGAUCCUUCCUCGGACCGCCGAGACUCGUCCUUCUCAUCCAGGAGGUAUUUUACCUCGCCUUCUUCCUCGGCCUCCUCGUAUGCUAGCGCCGGUGCCGGGGGUGGUGGUGGCGGCGGCGGCUUUGGCAGGUCCGUGUGGAAGUCGGGGGACUGGAUAUGCCCGAGAACCGGCUGCAAAGAGCACAACUUCGCCAACAGGGUCGAGUGCUUUAGGUGCAAUGCUCGUCGCGAGCCAGGUGAGUUGGAAAAAAAACCGACUUUGUUUCUUUUCUCUUGUCGUUGCUGAUGGAUCCCUCGUCUCGUACAGGCAUGUAAAUUUGAUAACAAUUCCAACACGGAUGUGAUUUGUCCCGGCAGCCGCAUUUGUGUCUCUCUCGUCCAGCAUCGAGAAGAAGGUGAAACUCCGUUACCAAGAA